AUGACCGACUGCAAACCUUCCCCUUCUCCAACGGAUAACACUGUCCAAUUAAGCAAACAUGGUGAAACCUUUGCUGAUCCUUCCGUAUAUCGAAUUAUUGUCGGUGCUCUUCAAUAUGUGGCCAUCACCCGACCAGAAAUAUCCUUUUCUGUGAGUCGUGUACGUCAAUAUAUGUACAAUCCUACAAUGGAUCAUUGGAAAGCAGUGCAAAGAAUUCUUCAUUAUCUGAAAGGUACCCUUACAUAUGGCCUCUCCAUCGCACCAUCCACUUCUUCCUCUAUGCAUGUUUACUGUGAUGUGGGAUGGGCUGCUGAUCCUGACGAUCGAUAUCAUGUAUCCUGGCUCACCAGUCUGCUUAAGGAGCUCCAGUUACCUUGCCGUCGUGCUCUAGUUGAUCGUGGCCAACUUUCUGUUCGGUACAUUCCUUCCACAGAUCAAACAGAUGAUGUAUUUACCAAGGCUCUAAGCUCCUCUCGAUUUUCUCAGUUACGGUCCAAGAUCAAUGUCUCUAAACUCGACAUGAGCUUGCUGGGGGGUGUUAGAUGA